AGUUCAUUAAUUAUCGCUUUUCAUGAUUAAUCAUCACUAAUCACCGAGAAAUAACAAAGAAAACAAUAGAAAGAGCCAGAAAACAAAAAAUAAGCAACAGAAACCAAUCAAUAACAGAACAAAAGAGUAUCUCACUACCAUUACUCUCUCUCUCUCUCUCAUUGUGAUUCCGUUUUUUUGGAACUUCGAAAUCAUGCACAGUGAUGGUUUUCUACUCUUCUCUUUGCUUCUUAAACCCUAACAACUUCAACCGCUCAUCAUUUUCCAGUUUCUGAUACGCAAUGGCGCCAAAGCGAGGGAUUCACUUAGCCAAAAACGGAAGCAAAGGAGUUCGUUUCCCUGUUUUAAAAUUUGUUCUUCUCUGUGUUCUUACGCCUGUUGUUUUCUUCUUCAGUAGAGGCUCUCAUGUUGCGGAUCAAAAUGAUAUUUCAGCUGUUCCAGAUGCACAGCAAGUUGCUAAAUGGAGAGAGUGGAAUGCAUUGCAAGACCUUAAAUCACUUUUUUCGAAAGAGGUUUUUGAUGUUAUUGUGUCCAGCACAAAUGACAUGGGGCCAAUGAGUCUUGAUAAUUUUAGAAAAAAUAUGUCUGCAUCAUGGAGAGUUGUUGGAUUAGAGACUUCAAAUGUUGCCUAUGAGCUAACGCAACCAACAACACAUGUUAGACAAGAAAACCCGAAGGUGAAGGAAGGAAGAUCUUCAGAGGGGCUUGCUCAGUGGACUGAUAGCCGUGCACGGCAAGUCCGAAGGAAAUUAAUCGAAAAAAGGCGGGAAAAGCGUGCCUCUGAGUUGUUAAAGAUGGACAAUGAAGUAAUAGUAAAACUUGAAAAUGCCGCUAUUGAACACUCAAGAUCUGUUGAGUCAGCCAUAUUGGGUAAGUACAGCAUUUGGAGGAAAGAAAUUGAGAAUGAAAAUGCUGAUUCUUCUGUUCGGUUUAUGCGGGACCAGAUCAUUAUGGCUAGGGUAUAUGUGAGUAUUGCAAAGAUGAAGAACAAGCUUGAGCUGUACCAAGAGCUGCAAUCUCAGCUCAAAGAGAGUCAACACGCUCUAAGUGAUGCAAUUUCUGAUUCAGAUCUUCAUCAUAGUUCACAUGAACAAAUAAAGACUAUGGGCCAAGUUCUGUCAAAAGCACGAGGGCAAUUGUAUGACUGCAAGUUGGUCACUGGAAAAUUGAGAGCAAUGCUACAAACAGCUGAUGAGCAAGUUAGGAGCUUAAAGAAACAAAGCACAUUCCUUAGUCAGUUGGCUGCUAAGACCAUACCAAAUGGAAUUCAUUGCUUAUCUAUGCGCCUCACAAUAGAUUACUACCUUCUUCCUCCUGAAAAAAGGAAGUUCCCUACGAGUGAUAACCUGGAGAAUCCCGGUCUUUAUCAUUAUGCACUAUUUUCAGACAAUGUCUUGGCUGCAUCUGUUGUUGUCAACUCAACUGUUACAAAUGCAAAGGAUCCUUCAAAGCAUGUUUUUCACGUUGUUACUGAUAAACUCAAUUUUGGAGCCAUGAACAUGUGGUUUCUUUUGAACCCCCCUGGAAAAGCUACAAUACAUGUUCAGAAUGUUGAUGAUUUUAAGUGGUUGAAUUCAUCCUACUGCCCUGUAUUGCGGCAGCUUGAAUCGGCAAAAAUGAAAGAGUAUUAUUUCAAGGCUGGCCAUCCAACAACAAUUACUUCUAGUGCUUCCAAUAUGAAAUAUAGAAAUCCAAAAUAUCUCUCGAUGCUCAACCAUCUGAGAUUCUAUCUUCCAGAAGUUUAUCCUAAAUUAGAUAAAAUCCUUUUUCUCGAUGAUGACAUUGUUGUUCAAAAGGAUUUAACCGGAUUAUGGGCAGUUGAUCUUCAGGGUAAAGUAAAUGGUGCAGUUGAAACAUGUGGUGAGAGUUUUCACCGAUUUGACAAAUAUCUUAACUUUUCUAAUCCACAUAUCGCAAGAAACUUUGAUCCAAACGCUUGUGGUUGGGCAUAUGGGAUGAAUGUAUUUGAUCUCAAGGAGUGGAAAAAGAAGGAUAUCACUGGCAUAUAUCACAAGUGGCAAAAUAUGAAUGAAGACAGGGUUCUGUGGAAGCUGGGGACAUUACCUCCAGGGCUAAUGACAUUCUAUGGGCUGACCCAUCCUCUAAAUAAAUCAUGGCAUGUCCUUGGUUUGGGUUAUAGUCCAACUGUAGAUCGAUCGUUGAUAGAGAAUGCAGCAGUUGUACACUACAAUGGUAAUAUGAAGCCGUGGCUAGAGAUUGCCAUGACAAAGUAUCGGCCUUACUGGACAAAAUAUGUCCAACACAAUCAUCCCUAUCUCAAGAACUGUAAGUUAUAAUAUUAGUCACGUAUUUCUGAUAAUUUCGUACAGAGAAUAGUUACUUCUUUCUUCUCCAGCCUUCCCCAUUUUCUUUCAUCUUUCUGGCAUGGAUAUUUCAACUAGAGUGUCUUGCCAGAAUGAUGAUCAUUGUCCUGGAACCUAUAAGGGUCACCGGUAAUGCUUGUUUGAUGUUUACCUCCAACAUCUUCCCUCCAAUUGAUUUAUGCUUUCAAUUCAUUUAAUUUGCUUACAUCAUUGUCACCCAUUUGAAACAAGGUACAUAAGUAGUUACCUUGCUUACCAUUAAAAACUCUUCAUUGUACAAUAAUCUGAUUCUGAUACUCGGACAGGACUUGAAAUUGAAUAUCAUAUUUCUAUAUAUUCUUUGGAAAACA